AUGGUAUACAUAAUUAAUCUUUAAACUAAAUAAAUUUUGUAUUCAUAUUAAUUAUCUAAAUACUCUAAAGUUACAAAUGUAGUAAUUGAUCCCUUUAGGCAGUUGAUAUAUGUAAUUAACAAUUAAAGUUUAACUUUGGUAUUCUCUUAUAAGUUAAAUUUAAUUACAACCCUCUAGAAUGCCUGUUUAAAGUAAGCUAAAAUUUCAUAUGACUCAGAUUUUGUUUAUUCCAUAUGUCCAAAUGAUGUCAUAAUUUAUAAUGGGUUAAGUUUUUAAUAAUAAUUUCCGAUUGUUGACAAAGGAAUAAAAGAAGUUGAAAAUUUUAUUAGUACAAAAUAUAACAACUAUUUUAUUAUUAUAUAAAAAAAUAAACUUUCUCUCAUAAAAAUGGAAUAUCUAUCUGAUUUCCAACUUGUUUAUGAAGUCAAUAAAACUUAUUAAUAGCUAUUAAAUAUGAAAGUCACUAGAGGCUAAAACUAUUAAACUUAUAUAGAACUUUUACUUUCCUCUUAUGAUAAUGUAUAGCAUUAAAUAGUUCCUUUACAAUAAAAUUAAAAUUGCUAUAUUAACAUACAACAGUAAAACAGACCAAUAGAAAAUGUUUACACAACCGUAUAAUUAUUUUAAAGUUUUAGUUCAAUAAAAAGUUUUAAUCAACAAUUAUCACUAAUACAAAUAAAUUACUAAGAUCAAUAGUGCAUUUAAGGUAUAAGUGACAAUUUAUAUAAUCUCUAAAAUAUUGAUUCAAAUACCAAAACUAGUUUGACUAUUUAAUCUUCAUCUCAAUAAGAGAAUAUUUGUUGGUUAUACUCAGAUAAAAACAAUUUCUCAUCUUAUAUAGAAAACUUUUAUCUUAAAAAUAUGAAUUUAUCUCUUUAAAAUGCAAUAGUAUUUAAUUAGAAAAAAUAGAUGAAAAACUUUUAAAUGUUUAACAUGACUUUAAACAUUCAGAGCUCACUGACUUUAACUGACUUUGAUAAAGUUCUUUUUUAAAAUAUCAAAUUCGACAAUUAGAGAGAUGGUCAGAAUUAAAUAAUAAUUCAAAACUGCAAAUUAGUUAUAAUCGAGUAAGUAGAUAUAAUUGAUAUAUUAUCUCAAUAGAUAAUAUUUACAUUAACUAACAAUAGCAAUGUUAUAAUUUAAAAUAUAAACAUCUCGAAGAUGAAUGGAAAUACUAUAUUUUAAAUGGAUAACAAUUACUAAGUAGUAAUAACUGAUAUUAAAAUACAAAACUCUAGCUACAUAAAUGUAUUUCAAUUAUCUCUAUCAAAUUUUUUUAAUGCUACAAAUCUUAUCAUAUAGUCAGUAUUAUUUUCUUAGGUUUUAAAGAUAUAAGGAGCCACAAUUUCUAAGAUUUAACACAUAGAGGUUGAUAAUUGUUAUUAACUACAAUUGAUAUAAUUAUAACCAAUUAAGUUAGAAAAUUUAUAAUAUUUAUCUAAAUAUUAUAUGUUGUAAGAUUUGAACUUGCAAAAUUCUACUGAUAUUUCACUUGUUACUUAGUCUGAAUAAACUCAAAUCUCUGAUAUAAUUAUUUAGAAAUUAAAUACCUCUUUAAAUUGUUUCACAAUAAAUGCAUUAUAGUUAUCUUUAAACAAUUUUACUAUUUAAAAUUCAAUAGUAUAUUUAAGUUAGCCUUCUGUAAUAUUUAUACUUAGCUAUACAGACUGUGAUAUUCAAAAUAUAAAUUCAUCUAAAAAUUAAAUAACCAUUUUAAAAAUUAAUUAGCAAAAUUUUAUUAGUUAUACAUAAAUCCAUUCUUCUUCAUUUAUAGAUUUUACUUUAUAAAAUCCUGUGAUGGAAUUUAUAAACGCACAUGUAAUAAUUUUAGAUCAAAUUUAAGUGUAAAAUAUUUUAUUAUAUGAUAAUAUGUAUUCUUCAAUAAUAAUAAUGAAUUAAUGUAAUAAUAUUACGAUAAAUGAGAGUCAUUUUAUAAAUAACACAAAUACAAUUGGUACUGGAGGAUCUAUUUAUGCUACUGAUAAUUAAUUUAUUUAAAUAAAAAAUACAGUAUUUAAACAAAAUUAAUGCUAAUUAUAAAAUGGAGGAGCUUUAAGUAUAAAGAAUAAUAUUGAAAUGGCUAGUCUAACUAUAAAAAAGAGUGCUUUUAUAGAUAAUUAGGCUUUAUUAUCUACAGGUGGAGCUAUCAAUUUGGUAAAUUCCAAUUUAAUGAUGGAAAAUUCUGUAGUUUCUUCAAAUUAGGCUUUAAUUGGUGGUGGAAUCUAUUAUUAAUAAAUAAUUCCUGAUUUUGUAUUAGAUUUGACAAAUAAAAUCAUUAAUAAUAACAUCAUCUCUUAAAAUUUCGCAAAGUUAUAUGGAAAUAAUUUAGGAUCUACAUUGAGAAGUAUUAAGAUUAAUUUAAAUGAUAUAGAAACAUCAAAGAAAACAUAAAUAAUAGAAAAUUAAAAUAGUUAGAUUUAUGUCAAUUCAUUUAAAAGUGGAGACUAAAUAAAUUUUAAUAAAAUUUAAUUACUUGAUGAAGAGGACCAUCCAAUCUUUAUACCUAGUAAUGAUAAUACUAACACUUAAUAAUACAGUAAUGACGUUUAAUCAAUAUUGUAGUAAAUUAGCGUUUCUUUAUAGUGGGACUAAUCUACAUAGUAAAUAUAGUGUCUUGGAGAGCUGUAAUCAAAGUAAUUUACAAACAAUGGAUUUAAAUUGAAUGCAUAAAUUAUGUAUAAACCAAAUAAUUAAAUGAUCUUGCAAAUUGUUUCCAAUUUAUUUCCAAAAAUUUCUGAUUCAAAAGGGAAUGUAUAUUUAAAGCAGUAAUAACUUUAUAAAAACAUCACUAUCAAUUUUAAUAGUUGUUAAUUGGGCUAAAUUACUAAGCAGCAAAGCAACUCAAUAGUUUGCGAGGAUUGCCCUGAAGGAAAAUACUCACUAAGUUUGUAAGAUAGUUCUUGCUUACAUUGUCCUGAUUCAGCUGUUAAAUGCUACCAGUCAACAAUUCUUUUAAAAAAUGGAUAUUGGAGAGAAAACGAAUUUACAGACUAAAUAAUAUAUUGUCAUUUUCGUCCUAAUUCAUGCUAAGCUGAAUCACAAAUAUCUAAAGAAUAUUGUAUAACUGGAUACAAAGGUCCUCUUUGCUACUCAUGUGAUACUUUUGGAGAAAUUUGGGGUAAAAAAUAUCAAUAAAUAUUUAGUUAGGGAGAAUGCUACAGUUGUGAGGAAAAUAGCUUUUUCAUAAUUACAUAAAAUUUAGUUUUAUUCAUAAUCAUUUUUUGCUAUUUAUUUGCACUUUUAAGAAAUAUAAUUAAUAAAUAACAAACUAAAUUAGCAGGUUACUUUAUCACUAAAAUGGAUUUAGUCUAUUUAGGAUCAACGUUAAGAUAAUAAGAUAAACCUUAGAUAAUUUCCAAAAUUUUAACUGAUCACCUUCAGAUACUGUCUUUGCUGAGCUUUUUUAAUAUUAAUAUUCCUAACUAUUUUAAGCUUCCAAUAUAGGUGUCAGGAAAUUCUUUGAGCUUAACAAGCAAGUCUAUAGAUUGCUUUUUUUCAAGAUAUCCAAAUUUAAAACCUUUAUGGUUUUAUUAGUCUUUGUGGUCGCUAUGUUUACCACUUUCUAUACUCUCGCUUUAUUUAAUAUUAGGCUUUAUUUUAAGUUAUUUAAAAAAAAAUACAAACAUUUUUAAAUACUUAAAUACUGCAUGUAUCUUCAUAUAUCUUUAUUUUUAUCCUAUGAUCAUUAUGCUAUUUAGCAGGUCUUUGAAUUGCAUACAAAUUGGUGAUAAAAGCUAUCUUGAUUUAGAUAUAAAUAUAUUAUGCUACGACCCUUAAGAUCAUAAGCCGUAUGUUAUAUUCUACUGCUUACCAUUACUACUACUUUGGGCAAUUAUUGUUCCGCUAUUUUUAUUCUUAAAAAUUAGAAAUGGAAAAAUAAAAAAAUGGUCAAUCAUUAUUGAAAUAAAGUAUUCUUUUAUAUUUGCAGGAUAUAAAGAAAAGUAUUAUUAUUGGGAAUUUGCAAAAUUAAUUUAUAAAUCAAUUCUAAUUUUGAUAGCUACAUUACUUCAGCAAAAUUCUUUCUUAAAAUUGAGCAUGCUAAAUGCAAUUAUCUUAUUGUAGAUUUAUAUAAUAUUUAAAGCUAAGCCAUUCACAAUUUAGAAUUUCAACAAUUUAUUAUAAAGAUCAGCAAUUUUAUGUGCAUUGUCACUAAAUUUAACUUAAAUUAUUGCCAGUGUUACAAAUAUGAAUUUUAUUUUAGAAGCUAUUUUAAUUACAUUAUUAAUAUUUUCUAAUCUUCAAUUUAUAACUUAACUGGUGAUUGGGAUAUGUCUAAUUACAAUACAAAAUGACAGAUAAAAAAGGAGUAGAAUCUAAAAUUGCCUCCUAUAUUUUAUAUCAAAAUAUCCUUCAUUAUUUGAAAACAUUUAAGUUUAGUAAGGCUAAGUAAAAGUAAGUUCUCUUUUGAAAAUAAAGUUAGUCAAAAACAAAGUUAAACAUUUAGUUAAGUACUUAAAGCAAUACAACUUUUUCAAUUAAGAAUCUUUGCAAUAACAUUUUAAUAUCUAAAGAACUUAAAUUUUUUCUCCUUAAUUAGAACUAUAGUAGUAAGCCAGUAGAUUUACUUUAUUAUCUGGUAAUGAAAAUAUCAUUAGACAACAUAAAAAGAUAAAUUCUUUCAAGAGUAUGAGAGAGAAAUGGUCAUAUUAUACAAGAAAAACAAAAGAAAGUCCAAUAAAUGUACAUUCAUUAGAUAGUUAAGAUAAAAUCUAGAAUACACACAAAGAAAUAGCUCUUACUGAAAAUAUGUAAAGUUACACUUCUAACACUUCUCACGAUGAAUUUGGAAUAUAAAUAACAAGUGAAAAUAAAUUAAAUAAAAAUUUAAAUCAUUUUACCAAAAAAUAAUGA